AGGCCCAUGGCACCCCGGGGCCCCCAGUUCUGCAGGGCUAUGGCCCUAGUCACCAUCCUGAUGCUGCUGCUUCCAGUGAAAGGCUUGAAGCUGCAGAAGGGAAGUCCAGACCCUACAGAGAGCAGCCAGAAAGAGAGGAUGCCUUCCACAGAGCCAGAUGAAGAGCAAUUGGAAGAGCACUUUGUGGCCUCCUCGGUGGGGGAGAUGUGGACGCUGCUAGACAUGGCCCAGCAAGAGGACGAGGUGACAGAGACUGCGGCGGUGCGUGACCACCUCUUGAACCUGGCCUUCUGCAUGAACUUGGCGAGCAUCAUGGUUUUUUUAUGA